UUCCACGAUUUAGCUUAUAGAUUACGGAAGCUUAGCUUUAUUUUUCGCGUCGGUGGCGAUUUCAAUUUUGUUCGAUAUUCGGUUUCAAACUGGUCGGUUGCGUAAGCCAAUAAAAAACGAACCAACAAACCAUUCACGGAACGUAGUUUAUACGAACGAACGAAACAAACCUUACCUUAGUCAAAAUGUUCAAGAAUCACCUAGCGAUGAUUGGCAUGAAUGAAACGCCGAACAAGAAAGCGAAAUUCUGGCAGUCAUACAUCAGAUCCCUAAAAGGAUCCGAUGAUAUUCGCGCACACGACACGCCAGCCUGGCGGCACAGACCGAUUUUGCUGUUCGAUUCCCCGGACACCGCAGCCACCCGGAUCCAGUCCGCUGGUUACCACUAUCUGCCAGUACACCGGGAAACCUACGGCUACUCGCCCCGGCCAAUUUACGAUCAUCACUAUCCACGUUCACAGCGAGCAGCUAGCGUUGGUAGACUGGCCGAUGCCGAGAAAGCCUGGGCUGACCAUCUGGAACGGAUGAGAGACAUCGAUCGCAGAUACCCAUCACGUUACGGACUGUACCUGCGAGACAAACCCAGCCAGGUUGUGAUUCCCCAGGAGAUGGAGUACGAACCAGACACAAAACCACUCUUCACAUCCCACUAGGUGGACACAGACCAGAGAGAGAGUCAACUAAACAGAUUAAAAGUUAUGAAACACUAACAACCAAAAAAAAAAGAGAAUAGAUAUGACACCCACAAAGUUUUAAUCUACAGAUCACACACACAAACAUACAAGCAACACAUACACCAUACUUUUCCGUUAUGGAUCGCGAUGUUUUUAUUAUUACUAAGAAAAGGGAUGAAUUGUAUCAUAUUACUUUAUACAACAAACCAAAAGAAAGUAUCCGUUUUAAACAAAAUUAUUUAUCGUUAUUAAACAAAAUAACACUAUUACGAAAUGAUGAUAAGCAGUAUGGAGGAACGGUAUUAUGAAAUUGUAAUUAUUAUAAUCAGAUCAAUCAGUUAGUAUCACGCAGCAUUGGAAACCUUUGUGCCCACCGUCAAUGUCAAUGCGCAAGCUGAAAGUGGCAACACAUCGGUUACCAUCGUCAUCGUCAAUCUAAUCCUUGAUCAUUCACCCCGCCCUAUGUGGAACUGCGUUACCAGGAGAAUUAAUAUUCGCUUGACACAAGCAACAAGCCAGAAAACAGUGAACUGUAACAAAAGUCCUGCAGGCAACAAACAACACAAACACACGGCCAAACCACCAAAAGAGCGCUCUACCAAACAAAAUAAAGUUACUCACCGGCUUUUACUCCUCGUCGCCACCACCCUCGGGGUGGAGUGAAUGAUCGGCAAAAAAGUUUGUCUCCAUUACGGCUGGCGACAAAAUUUCCGCACUUAUCGGCUACCGGGAGCCCAUCGAUGAUAACACAAACAUGAUAUAUUGGGCCGAACGCCGGCUGAUGCCCCUUCGCGGUAGGCAAAGACAAGCGCUAAUAGAAUUUUACUGUCAGCAUCAACAAUGUGGUGACAACAGAUUGACACUUUGACACCGAGACAAAAAAAAACGGUUCUGCACAAAGCACGAAAAUGGUAACAACAACAAUAUUAAGAAAUAAACAAGCUUCUGCUUCGAGUUUGGCA